AUCCUCUAAAUUAGAAUGCUGCUGAUAGUGCACGCUUUUGCUGCCAGUCUGCUGGCUGCAGCGGCCUUUGCUGUAACAGAGAUCAACACCAUUCCAGGCUGUGACUACUUCGACACGAUGAACGUGACGGGGAGCCAGCAGCUGGUCAAUGGUUCGUAUCUGUACCAGGGCCUGCUCAUUCCGGCCGAGCUUACGGCUGAAUUUGAUCACAGGAUUCUGCCGGACGACACCACGGAGCCGGUGGAGGUUCAUCUGCGGGGCUGCGUUUGCCGGCUGAGGCCCUGUCUGCGGCUCUGCUGCCACCACUCCCAGUUGAUGGCCAAUGGGGAGUGCAGUGGCAGCAUCGAGAUGGAUCUGACACGACUGAAUCCCUACCUGAACGUGACGCUGGACAACGGCACGGUGGCAAGGCGACACUUCCAGAAUGAGUUUAUCAUUCAGAGCGAUCUGCCGCUUCCCUGCAAUGAUAUGUACCCGCUCAACGAUGGAGAGGAGAUGGAUCAGUACAUAGUGUUUGAGAAUGGGUCCUUCUUCCGAUCCUACGACAGUGCAACGAUGAGCAAGCGGGAAUACUGCCUUCAGCCGUAUCACUUCAACGAAGGCGAGACGGAGUCAUUCCGGAUAGUUGCCCACAUCUGCACGAUUGAGUCGAAAGACGAGAUGGGCCAAACCAUUGUGAUGGUUCUUAGCCUCUUGUGCCUUGCCUGCACGAUCACCGUCUAUCUCUAUCUGAAGAAGCUCCAAAAUCUCCAUGGAAAGUGUUUCGUUUGCUGUCUGAUCUGCCUUUUUGUAGCUUUCCUUGUCCUACUGCUGGACUUGUGGGAGCUGACAAAUGGCUUAUGCAAGACAUCAGGCUACAUUGGCUACUACUUCGUAAUGGCCAUGUUUCUGUGGCUGUCAGUCAUCAGUUGGAAUCUCCGCUCCACAUUCAACUGCAGUGUGAGCGCAGUGAAUAGAUAUUUGCCGAAGAAUGUGUUCCUUGCGUACAACAUCUAUGCCUGGGGAGUGGCAUUCAUCCUCACGGCCGUCAUUUAUAUUGUGGAUCACCAAGUGGAGGAUAUUCCUGAGAAUGAGCCCUGGCUUCCUGGCGUUGGGUUCUACAACUGUUGGAUCAAGACUAACGACUGGUCGGCCAUGUUAUACUUCUAUGGGCCGAUGUUAAUUCUAAUCAUUUUCAAUGUGACCAUGUUCAUUCUCACGGCCAUUCGAAUUAUUGCGGUGAAGCGCGAGCUGCAGGUCAUUGUCGAUCGCCAGGAGAGAAAGCAGAAACUGAACUCCGACAAACAGACCUAUAGUUUCUUUCUCCGACUCUUCAUCAUCAUGGGCGGGAGUUGGAGCCUGGAGAUACUCUCCUACUUGGUGCAGGACGAUCAGAUAUUAAAAAAUGUCUUUCUGGUCGCCGAUUACCUCAACUGGUCACAGGGCAUCAUCAUCUUCUUCCUAUUCGUGAUGAAGCGCAGUGUUUUGAGGUUGUUCAAGGAACGAAAGCAGUCAAGGAUCACACGAAGUGUCGUAAGCAUUAGAUCCCACUCGAGUCGCAAUACGAUUGGACGACAAGCAGCUAAACUCCUGAGGGAUAACCCAUCCUCGCAGUUCUUAACCCAGAUGUAGGAGGCAAAGCCCAAUCUACGGAAAUUUUACUUAAGCCUGAUAAUCUAAUACUUACCACUUACUAUUAAUUAAACCAACCUAUUAAAACACCAUAACCCACUCAAAUUAAAUAUUGCUGGAGUGUCACGCAGACAGUGUCCGCGAAGACCUAUAAAAGGAUUCUCCCAGACGAAAGACAAACACAUUGCGAAAUGGGAUUAGAGGUUAAAUUUCUGACUCGACCGCGUCCCACGCCAUUAACUGUAACUUUGUGCUGGAAAUUAAUGCUGCUUUUACAUACAUAUUUUCAUAUGUAUUUAUAUAUUAUGUACCUAUGUAUAUAUAUAAUUAAUACGGCGCGUUCUGCAUAC